UGAACAUAAAUGAAAGAUAUUUGUCUAGAACGUAGUGAAUAUUUUUUUACAAUGGCUAACAGUUUAGCAAAAGUUUUCGCAACCGAAAAUUUUAAUCCUGAAAAAUUUGUGAAAGAACUUAGUGCACAAUGCGUUGGAGCAGAUGAAUUAAGGCAACAAAGAGCCAAAAUUCAGGAACUUGCAAAUAAUACUUCGGCACAAUUAAAACGUAACGUUUAUCAAAAUUAUAUGCAAUUUAUAGAAACUGCUAAAGAAAUUUCACAUUUAGAAAGUGAAAUGUACCAGCUAUCUCAGUUACUCAGUGAACAACGUUCAUUAUUAAGUACAUUAGGAUCUACUAGAACUACUGGUGUUACUUUUGAAGAUUUAUCUGAAUCACAGUUAGAAGAUGUUAAUGAUUCCACUGCCAAAGAAGAAGAGCAGAAACAAAAGUUAGUGCAGUUACUUGAAAAUGUAGAAGGUGCUAUGAGUUUAGCAGAAACAACUGGCCGUAUAUGCUUACAUGAAGGUUCUUUGCUAGAAUUAGAUUCAUUAGAAGGAACACCACUGAAAAGAGUUCACGCAUAUUUAUUCAAUGAUAUUUUAAUGAUCGCUUCGUGGUUAGCAAAUGGGAGUAGGAGAGGACCCCCAAGGUAUAAAAUGCAAGCUGUUUAUAAUCUUGAGAGUUUGGCAAUUGUUAAUGUCAGAGAUCUUGGGACAGUGAAGUUAGCAUUCAAACUUCUAGCAUUCUCUGAUACAAGGGUAUUCCAAUGUGCAACUGCAACAAGUAAAAAAGAAUGGUUAGAUAAGUGUGAGCAAGCAAAAAGAAUGAAAUUAGUUGAAGAUAAUCCAAAUGUACCAGGCAGUGAUAAGCGAUCAAAAGAAGAAAAGACAACAAUACCUUCUCGAUCAAUGUCACUCGACUCUAACACCCUCGGUGUAGAUGAUGAAGAUACGGAAUAUCAUGAACCUCCUCCAGAAUGGAUGUUAGAAGUGGCAGAAGAUUUAGAUUCUUGUAUAGCACAGCGUCAUUUUGAGGAAGCUUAUAGUCUUCUGGAGAAAGCAAAAGCCUAUUUAAAAGAUGCACAAAUGACACCACUUUUACCUGAAAUUCAGUCAAAAGUAAAUGAUAGAGGAAGAUCAUUGAUCGAUGUUUUAACAAAGGAACUUGAAUUAAGUGCAGAGGCGAAAUCAUUGCAAGGUAGUGGACUGAGAAGUGCGCGUCGUGUAAGCGCUCAAGCUUGCCAACUAUAUUUACGGUUAUGUAGUGCUGUACUAAAAGCACGUUUAAAACGAGUCAAACGGGAAGGAGCCAUUGCACCUUAUGUAAAGCAGCUUAGCGCAAUAGCUUUUAGUAAUAUUGUUGAAAUCACAAAAGAAUUCUUAAAAAUUUUCCCGCAAUCGACAAACUGUACAUCUGGUUUGGUCGUUUGGUGUAGUCAAGAAGUAAAACACUUAACAACACAUUUAACUAAACAACUUUUUAUUCCACAAGUAUCUCUAAGCACAUUAGUAGAAUGUAUAGUUUGUGUCCGAAGUCACUGUGAUCAGUUAACGCAAUUAGGAAUGGAUUUUCGUUAUCAAUUGGAUGGUCAGCUUAGAUCCCCGUUAGCAAAAGCUAUACAAGAUACGGGUGAGAAAUAUGUCGAUAUCGUUAAAAUACAUAUAGCCGAAGAUACGUGGCGACCAACUAAUUUAGAAACUCAUAAAAAUGUGCAAAAAUUGUUAACGGAAUUUGACGAUCUUGGAAUAACUAUUCCAUCAUCUUAUUUAGCAAAUGAUUGUUGGAUAGCACUGACUGAUAAUUCCUUAGCUUUUUCAAGAAUUUAUGUAAGCCUAUUAGAAGAUUGUCUCAGCGUUGCUACACCAGAAUUAAUGGCUAUAAUAGAUGCAGUUUUAAUAGCAGUGAUGCGAAUUCAAGUACAACACAUAAUUAUAUCUCUUACAAACCCAAAAUUAAAACCAGAGAAACAACUGGUGCAUGAUAAUGCUUCAUAUAUACGAGAUGUCGUCAUCAUGCGAGGACUAGAAUUAUACAAAUCAACUACAAAUCAAAUUUUCAAGAAAUUGUUGGCUUUAAAAGAACAAAUUGUAUUCGAUUCCUCAUCUCCAACUAAAGCAAAAACUACUCCUAAAACCUCAGUACCUAAAUAUUCUGCUACAGAAUAUAUUUAA